AUGGAGCCAACCCAGCCCCCGGCCCACAGUGGGCCCCGCACCCUGGAGCCUGGGAAACAGCAGGCCCGUUAUGGCUGCCUCCCCAGAAACGAGUACCCUGUGGCUAUACCUCCCUGCUGCAGCCUAGCAGUCCAGCUGUCCAAGGGGCGGGAGAGUGUUCUGAUCAUCUCCACCGACCCAGCGCACAACAUCUCCGAUGCAUUUGACCAGAAGUUCUCCAAGGUGCCUACCAACAUCAAAGGCUAUGACAACCUCUUUGCCAUGGAGAUUGACCCCAGCCUGGGCGUGGCAGAGCUGACAGACGAGUUCUUUGAGGAGGACAACAUGCUGAGCAUGGGCAAGAAGAUGAUGCAGGAAGCGAUGAGCGCCUUCCCAGGCAUCGACGAGGCCAUGAGCUAUGCAGAGGUCAUGAGGCUGGUGAAGGGCAUGAACUUCUCAGUGGUGGUGUUUGACACGGCGCCCACAGGCCACACGCUAAGGCUGCUCAACUUCCCCACCAUUGUUGAGCGGGGACUCGGCCGCCUCAUGCAGAUCAAGAACCAGAUCAGCCCGUUCAUCUCACAGAUGUGCAACAUGCUGGGCCUGGGAGACGUGAACGCAGACCAGCUGGCCUCCAAGCUGGAGGAGACGCUGCCUGUCAUCCGUUCCGUCAGCGAGCAGUUCAAGGACCCUGAGCAGACAACCUUCAUCUGUGUGUGUAUCGCCGAGUUCCUCUCCCUGUAUGAGACGGAGCGGCUGAUCCAGGAGCUGGCCAAGUGCAAGAUUGACACACACAACAUCAUCGUCAACCAGCUCGUCUUCCCUGAUCCCAAGAAACCCUGCAAGAUGUGUGAGGCUCGCCACAAGAUCCAGGCCAAGUACCUGGACUAGAUGGAGGACCUGUACGAAGACUUCCACAUUGUGAAGCUGCCAUUGCUGCCCCAUGAGGUUCGGGGGGCAGACAAGGUCAACACCUUCUCUGCUCUCCUCCUGGAGCCCUACAAGCCCCCCAAUGCCCAGUAGCACCAACACCAGCCCCAGCUGCUGCCAAUUCACACCCACCCUUUACCCUCCCGGGGCAGAGUUUGCACAGAGUUCCCCCAUAGUACAGGGGGAGC